CCAGUUCAUCACUAGCUCUGAUCGCCUUACCCUCGCUGCUCUCUACUAUCCCCUCUCUCUCUCUCUCUCUCUCCCUCUCCUCUUCUCUCUCCCUCUAUCUCCCUCUCCUCUUCUCUUUGUUGCAUAACGAAGGGGAUGCGCUCGAAUCAACCUUUCUCUCUCGUCAACGAAGAUCUCGCCACGUCGCCGCCGAAGCCAAUGGGCUUAAAUCCACCUCUCUCACCCAUCAAAGACGACGCCUCCUUAUCGCCGGUCCCAGCGCCGUUCUCUGACUGCCUUCCUCCUACGCGAACGGGUUCUCGAACCCCCUUCUCCGGCUCAAACUCUUCCCUUUCCACCUCCCCUUCCUCCUUCCUUGCCUCCCCCAUCGAUUCCCCCUUCCACCUUCUCCACUCGUCCUCCGCCGUCCCAUUCUCCUGGGAACGCCAGCCUGGGAUCCCUAAACUUCCCGCGGCUGCAGCAGCAGCCGGAGGCCGCUACGACGAAGAUCUGCUUCUUCUGCCCCUUCCGCCGCCGCUCAGACCCGCCGUUGGCUUCUCCCGUAACAAGCGUUCUGGGGCCGGCGGCUUCGACCCCUUCGCCGUUGCCCUAGCGCAGUGCGCCAAGGAGUCCUCGCCGGAAACCGGCGAAGAUAUUGAGUGUUUGUGGAGGCGAUCAGGACUAAAGAGAGUGGGAAUAUGGAGACGUGCGACGAUUGCCGACCGGAUUGGUCUGAUCAGCUUCUAUGGUUCGUGCAAGGCGACGUGCUCGGUCUCGGUCUCGGAUGCGACCAUCGUGCUGCCUCGCGCGGCCGGGAGGGGUGCCGGUUUGUACGGGCAGAUGAACCGGCGGCGUGUAUGAAAUAGACCGGUAGUAGAUAAUUAUGUACUAAUACUUUUAUUUUUUAAAAAAGUAGCUUUUAUUUGUGUAUUUUUUAACUUUUUAUGUAUUU